UAAAACACUGAUGAAAGCAUGAGCAUUAAGCACGUUGUGACAAAUUUAGUUGUCUUUUUUGGCUCCCUUCACUUGAUCAGCAACUGUAUUUGUUGUGGUUUAUAUUCCAGUUGUGCGACGUGUAAAACAACAGAAAAUCAACAUCAACUUGUACAGUGUGACACGUGUCAUCAUCAUUAUCAUCUUGGAUGUGUCGAUCCACCUCUAACACGCAUGCCCAAGCGCUCAGCCAAGUGUUUGUGGCAAUGUUCGGAGUGUGACCCAAGUGAAGAUGAUGGAGAAAUGGAAGUAGAUCCACAGGACACCACACCCAUCUCUCAAGCACGCCACAGACGAGUCAUCAAAGAGCCAAGCAAAUUUACUCCUGACAAGGGAGAGGCAAAAAAGCGAAAACUGAAGACAGCUAAACGGAAAAAUCCUACAGCACAGACUGAGGAUGUAAGCAAGAAACCUAAACUAUCUUCCGACUCAGAGGCUGCACCAAAACGAGGACGGCGUCCUAUGAGGAGAGAUCAAGAAGCUACAGACAAAAAAAAGAAGCCAAUGGAUGUGCGGACUGAAUGUAGCGUGUGUAAACACAGUGGAACCAAUGUUAAUCUUGUCAGGUGUGACAGUUGUCAGCUUUGUUAUCACUUUCAUUGCCUUGACCCUCCAGUUAAAGCUAACCCCAAGACUCGAGGAUACCAGUGGGUAUGCAAGGAGUGCGACGAAUCAGAGGGGGAAAGUGAAGAAGAUGUCCAUGUUGAAGAGUCGAACUCUACUGAUGCGAAAACAGACAAAAAAUCGAAAGAAGAGAACGAUAAACAAGAAAUCAGCGAAACAUACACAAAGAAAGGGGAAGAAAACAAAGAAACCAGUGAUGAUUCUGCAGAUAAUUCCUCAGUAACGAGCCCCGAGCAAAAAGACAAGAAAGUUAAUUUAUGAAAGACUUGUUAUUUACCAGAGCUCCAUUUUAUUUAACUUUAUCAGGAGAAUUUUAGAAAAAUCUAUAUAUCUUUGAGAAUAAGAGCAUUGUUGUCAUUUAGUUUGUUAACAUGAUUUUGAUUAUUAGGUUAUUUUAACAAUGAUCACAUCUAACCGCCCUUGUAGAUUCCAGUAAGAAAAGAUCCUUAUAACAGAAAGGAAAGCAGCUCAAAGUGGUUGAUACUUCUGUUCAGCGGACCACUCUUGAGUCACUGACAUGUGCUCGUAUUAACAGGGUGGUACAUUGCAUCGCAUGCUCAGUCUUUAGCUUGGGAUUUUUACAGGUAGUAUCAUCCUUAGUUUCGGUUUCUGAUCAAAUUUAUUCCUUACUCUUAAUGGCCCAAUUUUCCUCCGUGUAUGUUAUCGUGGUUGAUAUCAAACAUGUAGAGGAGGUGCGAGUAGGCCAGAAAAAUUUGGACUCGAAUCAAUCCUGGUGCAUGUUGUUAAGCCGUAUGGCAGCUCCUGAGCCGUUUUGUUAAGAGGCGACCCCAAGGUCCCGGAAUUGAAAUUAAAUAGUAACUGUUCAGUUAGAUCA